AAGGCCAUACGGCUAGAAGUCUCCGAAAGACGCGACGCCCUUCUCCCCAUCGCGCCCCAGAAGCCUGACGCCGCCGCCCUUACCCCAUCGCGCCCCAGGAGCCGACGCCGCCGGCUGGAUCCCACGGCGCCGGCAGCAGCCCCACCCCGUCCCCAACGCGCCCUACUGGAGCUCGACAACACCCCGGUUUGCCCGCGCCUGCUGGAGCCCGACGCCGCCGGCCGGAGGCUGCCACCGCCGGCUGGAUCCCACGCCGCCGGCAGUAGCUCCGCCCCGCCCCAUGAGCUCGACGCUAGCUGGCUGCAGCUCCAGGCCGCUGGGCUUCACGGGCACAAUGUUGGGAACGCCCCCAGGAGCCCGGCGCCACCAGUAGGAGGCCUCUGGCGUCAGGAUCCCGAUGCCAACGGCAGUUGCCCGCCCCCGCCUCUGCCCCCAGGAGCUUGACGCCUGGCUGCAGCUCCAGGCCGCCGGGCUUCACAGGCUCAACCACUAGGAACGCCCCCAGGAGCUCUGGGAUCCAGAGACUGCCCCAUCCCCUUCGAUUAGGAAGGAAAGAUGGAAAGAACUUGGAUGAAUUGUAGGUUGUUUAGCAAGGAGCAUCAGGAUGGGGUCACUGAGUUCAUGAACUUUGUUUCAGAAAAUUUGAGUGGCAAUCAGGAGAUAUUAUGCCCAUGUCGUAAGUGUUUGAAUCGGUUAAAUGAACAUAAAGGAGAUGUGGAGGAUCACUUACUUAUCUACGGGAUGUCUAACACAUACACUAUGUGGAUACAUCAUGGAGAAGGAGAACCAGUAGUCAUGAUAACUGAAAAUGUUGAGCAUUUGAAUGAAGAUAUUGGCUGCAAUGUUGAGCAUUUGAUUGAAGAUGUCCUAGAAGAUGAGCCUCAAGAUGACCCAGAAGAUGAUCAAAUGUACCGUAUGGUACAAGAUCUGUACCCAGAUCAAAAUCAUGGACCAAGAACGAAGUCAAAGUUUGCCACCAUAUUAGAAGAGAUGAAACAGGUGCUACACCCUGAUAGUCCCUAUACUAGGUUUUCUUUUGUGGCGAAGUUGCUCCAUAUCAAUUCAUUUUACAGAAUCAGCAAUGUUGGAUUCAGUGCUCUAUUAGACUUGUUAAGGUCGGCAUUUCCAAAUUGUUCUAUCCCUGCAUCUUAUGCUGAAGCGAAGAAUAUUAUUUGUGCAUUAGGACUUGGAUAUGAGUCAAUACACGUGUGUCCGAAUAUGUGGUGCUUCAAGAUGGAAGGAUGCAGAUAAUCGAAGGCAGAUUCCAGAAAAGGUUCUAAGUCAUUUUCCUUUGAUUCCAAGGUUGAAGAGGAUGUUUAGAUCCAAAGAACUUUCAGCUCAAGCACAAUGGCACAAGUUGAAGAGGAAACCAGCGGACAAUGAGCUUAGCCAUCCUGCUGAUGGUGAGGCAUGGAAGGAUUUUGAUAGGAAGUAUGAAUGGUUUGCAAAUGAUCCACAAAAUAUCCGACUUGGCCUCGCUACCGAUGGGUUUAAUCCAUUCGGGAAGAUGAGCUCCUCAUAUAGCAUGUGGCCAGUAUUUCUUAUCCCUUACAACUUUCCUCCAUGGCAAUGUAUGGAGCAAUCCAACUUCAUGAUGUGCCUACUUAUUCCUGGUCCGUCGUGCCCAGGAAAGGAUAUGGAUCUCUUUCUGCAGCCGCUGGUUGAAGAAUUGUUAAGUCUCUGGAGUGGUGUCCCUACUUUGGAUGCAUUGACCGGGAAAGAAUUUGAUCUUCACGCUGCAGUCAUAUGGUGCAUUCAUGAUUAUCCGGCAUUGAGCACACUUUCAGGUAGAAUAACUAGAGGUUACUAUGCUUGUAUUCGCUGUGAUAAAAAUCCUUGCUUCAAAAGACUUAGGAACAAGAUUUGCUACAUCGGCCAUCGCCGUUUUCUUCCAGUGGACCAUAUUUGGAGAAGAAAGAAAGAUUUUGAUGGUCAGACUGAAGAUCGUGCACAGCCUGAAGAAUUUACUGUGGAUGAGUUGAUGCAAUAAUUGGCAUGGGUGGAACAUGUAAGACUUGGGAACCAUCCUAAUAACAAAAGGAGAAAGAGGGUACAAGAAGGUCAAUGCUGGAAGAGUAGGUCGAUUCUAUGGGACUUGCCAUAUUGGUCUACUUUGAAGCUACGCCACAAUCUUGAUGUUAUGCAUAUUGAGAAAAAUAUAUGUGAAGCACUUCUCGGUACAUUGCUCGACAUCGCAGGCAAGUCAAAGGACUCUAUUUCUGCGAGGCUUGAUUUGGAAGAUAUGGGUAUAAGGAAAAAAUUACACUUGAAGGCUAAUGGGAAUUCAUACUCUGUUCCACACGCUCCAUAUAAGAUGACUAAAGCUCAGAUAAGUGCUUUCUGUGCUUUUAUAAAGAAUGUCAAACUCCCAGAUGGAUAUGCCUCCAACUUAGCAAGGUGUGUUAGUGUUGAUGAAUGCAAAGUACAAGCAUUGAAAACUCACGAUUGUCAUAUCCUUCUCCAAAGAAUAUUACCAGUCGGUCUCCGAGGAAUCAUGCAUAAGGAAAUAUGUGAAGCAAUUGCUGAAUUUGGUAACUUUUUCCAGCAAAUUUGUGCUAAGAAAUUGAAGUUAGAUAUCUUGAACCGGAUGAGAGGUGAAAUCCCAAUAAUAAUGUGCAAGCUUGAGAAAAUUUUCCCGCCUGCCUUUUUUGAUGUGAUGGAGCACUUGUGCAUUCACUUAAUUGAUGAUGCAAUCCUAAGAGGUCCAGUUCAAUAUGGAUGGAUGUACCCUGUAGAACGUAGGUUGUUGACCUUGAAACAUUUUGUGAGGAACAUGGCAAGGCCUGAGGGCUCCAUUGCAGAGGCAUAUAUGGCAAAUGAGUGCUUGACUGCUUGCUCAAGGUAUUUUGAUGAUGUUGACACUAGGCACAAUCGUGAGGGCAGGAACAAAGAGCGUGUUCCUAGGAGUACAUGUGGUUUAUCUAUUUUCCAUCAUGGAGCAAAUCUGUUGGGGGCACCGAGGCUUACAUAUGAUGCGAAGGAUUAUGACAGGAUGGUCUGGUAUGUCCUCAACAAUACUAAGGAGGUCGAGUCAUUUAUAGAGAUUUAUAGGAAGGAGUUAGAAACUGCUGGCAAUCGUAAUGUUGAGGGGAACCUUGCUAAGGAAUUUCCAGGAUGGUUUAGGAAAUACCUUGCUACCCGGAGGUUUGUGAAUGGAGAACAAAUCAACGAAGACCUAUAUGCAUUGGCGAGUUUACCAGAUCUUAGACUUCGUAUAUUUUCAGGUUGUAUUGUCGAUGGUGUCCGAUAUCACACCGUGGAGUGUGAGAGCAGUAGACGAACACAGAAUAGUGGAGUCAUGGUUGAGGGGUCACAUAAUGGAGAAGACAUAGACUUUUAUGGUCAGCUGAAAGAAGUAUUACAGUUGCAAUACAACUCCGACGCUAGCAACCAAAGGACACUGGUGUUAUUCAAGUGUGAUUGGUUUGAUACCUGUAGCAAGAAGUCUAGGAUGAAGAAUGGUGGAUAUUUCAAAAGCAUCAGCCAUGGCAGUUGUUGGUACAAGGAUGAUGCUUUCAUCCUUGCAACACAGGCAACAAAGGUUUUCUACUUGGAUGAUAACAAGCAUGGUGAACCCUGGAAAGUUGUUCAAAAAUUUUCACAUCGGCACUUGUGGAAUGUGAAUGAAGAGGAAAAUGAAGACAUGCAAGAGGGAGGGGUUGAUCUGACAUACCAAGAUGAUGAGCAGGAAAUAUCUCAAGUUGAAGCUCAGGAAGGAUGUUCGAUUGAUGAACAGCCAGUCAAUGAAGAAGACGGUAUCAAUGUAGAGGCGUCCCUAGUUGAUCAGAUUCGUAGGCAACGGGAACCGGAAGUUGAAGAACAUGACCUGUACAAUGAAGAUGAUGAUACCUUAGGGCAAUAUGAUAGUGAAAAUGAAUGUGGAAGUAUGAUCCCUGUUGAUGAUGGUGAGUACAGUGAUGUCGAGUAAUUGAUAUAUGUGAAUCUGAGUUGUGAUGAAAUUGUUGUUUUUAAACAGCUCCUAAUGUGUCUUAGAAGCUGUUGUAUUUGUUAGCCGCAAAAUAAUUAUGGUUUGUGAACUCAGUUAUGUAAGCUCCUUAGUUAUUGUGACAUGUGAAUUCCAAUGGUGCUAUGUUGAUCUGCAUAUUUCUUGGCACUGCAAUUUUGGUGCCAUUUGUUGCUA